AUGGCCCCGAAGGCGAAGUUCGACCCCGCCGCGCCGGAGAACGCCGAGCUCAUCGCCCGCUUCGAGCGCUUCGGACUCACGACCAACAGCGCGACCGAGCUCGUGCGCACCCCCAAGUCGGGCACUGCGUUCCGUGCGCUUGUCGACGAGACUGGACUCGAGGGCAAGACGUUCCCGACCGGUCAGGCGAACGCGCUUGUUAAGCUCUCUGCCACUGGAAGCAAGCUCUCCCCCGACGCUCGCAAGUACGUCGUCUCGCGCAUCGAGGACGGCAGCGUCGUUUCCCCUGACCAGGUUGCUGCCGCGGUCAAGUACCUCGAGGCUAACCCCGCUAUUCCCCCUGAUGUCGCCGCGUUCGACAAGGCUGCCGGUGUUGGCAUCAGCCUCACCCUUGAGCAGCUCCCGGGCAUGAUCAAGGAGUACAUCUCCAGCCUCGCGAAGCCGAUUGCCUCCUGGGCUGACCAGGGACCGUUCAUGGGCGGCAUCAAGGGCUCGACUUCCGACCUCAAGUGGGCUCCUGCUGCCGACCUGAAGAACGCUGUCGAGUCGGUCUUCACUGAGCUGUUCGGCGACAAGGCUGCCGCGGCCAAGGCUCGCGCCGAGGCCGCAAAGGCUUCGGCGAAGCCCGCCAAGGCCAAGGCUGCUCCCAAGGCUGCCGCUUCCGCCACCGCCUCCUCGUCGACUGCCGGCGCCGCCCCCGACCUCCCGACGCGUAUUUUCGAGGAGGGCUUCCUGUCCGAGUUCCACAAGGUCGGAGAGAACCCCCAGAUCAAGCCCGAGCUCAAGGUGCAGCACCUGAAGGACACGAAGGGCCAGGUGUACACGCGAUUCCCGCCCGAGCCGAACGGAUACCUUCACAUCGGACACGUGAAGGCGAUUAUGGUUGACUUUGGAUACGCCAAGUUCCACGGCGGACGGACGUACCUGCGUUACGACGACACGAACCCGGAGGCGGAGGAGGGACGUUUCUUCCAGUCGAUUCUGGAGACGGUGCGAUGGCUCGGCUUCGAGCCGUGGAAGAUCACGUACAGCUCGGACAACUUUGACAAGCUGUACCUUCUUGCCGUCGAGCUGAUCAAGCGCGGCAAGGCUUAUGUGUGCACGUGUGACGCGGAGAAGAUCAAGGAGGACCGCGGCGGCGGCCACGGCAACCCGAAGCCGUGCGAGCACCGCGACCGACCGGUGGAGGAGAAUCUGGCCGAGUUUGAGCGCAUGAAGAACGGCGAGUACGCCGAGAAGACGGCGUGCCUGCGCAUGAAGCAGGACCUGACGUCUGGCAACCCGUACAUGUGGGACGCGAUCGCGUACCGUGUCAAGAAGGCGCCGCACCACCGCACGGGCGACAAGUGGAAGAUCUACCCGACGUACGACUUCACGCACUGUCUCUGCGAUAGCAUGGAGCACAUCACGCACUCGCUGUGCACGACCGAGUUCAUCCCCGCGCGUGAGAGCUACGAGUGGCUCUGCGAUGCGCUCGAGGUCUACAAGCCGCGUCAGUACGAGUUUGCCCGUCUCAACCUGCAGGGCACCUUCCUGUCCAAGCGCAAGGUGCGCCGAUUGGUAGAGUCCGGUCUGGUCAAGGACUGGGACGACCCGAGGCUGUACACGAUCAUUGCCCUGCGCCGCCGUGGUAUCCCGCCGGGCGCGCUGCUCGCGUUCGUCUCCGAGCUGGGCGUCACGACGCUCCUGUCCGAGACGCAGCUGCAGAAGUUUGAGAGCACGGUCCGCAAGUUCCUCGAGGACACGGCGCCGCGUCUCAUGAUGGUCCUGAAGCCGGUCAAGAUUGUGCUCGAGAAUGUGCCCGCCGACUACUCCGUCACGGUCAAGGUGCCGCUGCACCCCAAGAUCCCCGCCAUGGGCGAGGUCGACACGACCUUCUCCCGCGAGGUGUACAUUGACAGGGACGACUUCCGCGAGGUCGAUGCGCCCGACUACUUCCGCCUCGCGCCGGGCAAGACGGUUGGUCUCUUCAAGGCGCCGUUCCCCGUCACCUGCACAAGCUUCAGCAAGAACGACGCGGGCGAGGUCACCGAGAUCCGCGCCCGGCUCGAGGAUCCCGCCCUCGGCGGCCAGAACACGGGCAAGCCCAAGGCGUACAUCCAGUGGGUCAACGCGCCCGGCGCCGUCAAGAUUGACGAGGUGCGCUACUUCAAGCCGCUGUUCAAGUCGGACCCGCCCCCCGCCGACUUUGAGGCGGAUGUCAACCCGGACUCGCUCGAGGUGUUCACUGGCGCCGUCAUCGAGCCUGCGUUCUACCAGCUCGCGAAGAAGAGCAUCGCCGACGCGCGCAAGGAGAGCCACGAGCGUACCGCCAGGGCCGCGCAGGAGUGCGAGGUCGCCAAUGAGGAGAACAAGGGCGAGAAGAAGGACGAGACGCCUAAGGACGGAAAGAACCACGCCGACGACCCCAUCGUCACGGCCGACCAGCUGGUGGGCAUGGAGAACAUCCGCUUCCAGGGCAUGCGUCUUGCGUACUUUGCCGUCGACCGCGAGUCGACCAUCAAGUGCAUCGACGAGCCUGCCGAUGUCACCCCCGGCCCCCGUGACGGUGACAAGAUCAUCCUCAACCGCAUCGUCUCCCUCAAGGAGGACGCUGGCAAGAAGGCUUAG